AUGAUCUAUCUAUUACAGGUGGAGGAACAACUACAACAACGACGUCAACUACCAGUACCACAUCAACUUCAACAACUUCAACAACUAGUACGAGUACCACAACAACGACAACAACUACCACGACAACAACGACAACAACAACUACGACAACUACAACAACGACAACCACAACCACAACAACAACUACAACGACGACUACAACAACUACGACAACUACGACGACGACAACAACAACCACAACAACAACUACAACGACGACUACAACAACUACUACAACUACAACGACCACUACCACUACCACGACAACAACGACAACAACGACGACAACAACAACAAGUACGACCAGCACAAGCACGACCACAACAACUACAACCAGCACAACAACGACAACGACAACUACCACUACUACAACAAGCAAAACUACAACUACCACGACAACUACAACUACAACCACUACAACCACUACAACUACAACCACUACAACCACUACAACUACAACCACCACGACAAAGACAACGACAACGACAACGACAACGACAACAACAACUACCACAACAAGUAAAACUACAACAACAACGACAUCAACAACGACAACAUCAACCACCACCACUAGCGAGACCACGACUACAAGUAACAUCAGCCUCAUGCGCUACUGGAUAUACUCGAACACCGUCUGGCACAUGUGUCAAUCUUCUGAUCGAUUUCAAUAAUUGUGGUUCAAUUGGUUAUGUAUGUGCUUCAACAUAUACAAGUUGUUCCUAUGGUGCUUGUAGUGGUGCACCUGCUGUGCAACUUACAGGUGCUGUAACUAUUCCUGGUUGGGAUGGUACAGUUAAUGUCGAUGAUGCAUAUGUAACUGUUAGUCUACCCUUCAGCAUAUCGUUGUAUGGUUAUUAUACGUCAAGUGCAUCCGUCCAAAGUAAUGGCGUAAGUAUUCUUAUGAUUGAUCUUUUUGAAAACAUUUCAAUUUAUAAAAAUAUAAUAGUUAAGGAUAAGUGA